AUGUCAGUGUCGCGGUCAUGGCAGGAGAUCCGCGACGACCACGGUACGCGCCCUCCGUCCCUGCAGCAACACUCGCUCGUCGCCGCCGCCGGCAAGCUGCUCGUGUUCGGCGGCGAGCUCUGCAUGAGCAACGACACGCCUCUGUGGAUCUACGAGAUCAAGACAAAAACGUGGCGUAAGUGGAACCCGCCGGCCGGUGGGACGGGCGCAUCGGGGCAGCGGUCAUUAGCUUUGUCCCCCCGCGGGCAGUCGGCGCCUUCAGGCAGACGCGGCCACAGCGCCGUGCUCGCCGGCAACAAAAUGAUCGUUUACGGUGGCUUCCAGGACCUGCAUGGCUCAACCAACGAGAUGUGGACCUUCAUUGUCCUUCAGGAGGUGUGGCAGAAGGUGUGCUGCCGCGGCGACCUGCCACCCGCCCGCCACGCGCACACCGCGGUGCUCUACGACGGCUUCAUGUGGGUCUACGGCGGCAUGACAGACCUGCAGGAGAGAAACGACCUCUGGAAGUAUCACGUUGAGUCGCGAACCUGGACGGUUGUGCGGGCUCGGCAAGGUCCCGGAUGCCUGCACUCGCACGUGGCUGCGGUGUUGCGCGGUGUCAUGGUCGUCUUCGGCGGCGAGCGCCAGGGGGAGCUCCUGGAUGAGCUGUGGCGAUUCCACUUCAGUACACUGAUAUGGGAGAGACUCAUACCAUCGGGCCCUAAACCUCAACCUCGUUCCCAAUUCUGCGCCUUCGUGGCCCCAUCUCACGGGCUCAAGACUUCCCGCUACACUUCAGCGCAUUCCACCCUGGGCUCAACCUCCACCACCUCGACGGGUGGAAGCAGCUACACCAGCGGCUACGGUAGCGGCUGCAGUGGUAGCAUCGACGGAGGUUCCAGGUUCCGAAGGGACGGACCAGGUCCUGGUGGUUUCGGAGGUUCAACCAUACAUGAGCGAGAAGGCUGCCCGUGUCAUGACUUUGACUCACCGAGUGACGAUGGGGAUGAUGAAAUUGACCCUAAUAGAUUACGUUACCUCAUUCAAAAGAAUUGUGUGAAUAAUUCUCAAACCGGUAACUUGAAACUUUCGAUUUCUAAAAUUUCCCAGCUAAACUUAUCUCACUUAGGGAAGUAUUAUAAUUAUAGUAUGCUUAGCAAUGAUAGCACGGAAAGUGUAGUGGAGGACUCUGUAGCUAGUACCUGUGAUAGUUACGGUGGUAAACUCAUGAAAUCACAAUCUAUACAAGGAUUGAAAGACAAGGUUCUGCGCAACGAAGAAUCGGGAAGUAUGAAUACUCUUUCUCGUGACAUUCUGUCCGUUCCUAAUUUUGGGGACGUCAUUGGACCGGAAAUCAGUCAUUCAAAGGAGGAAAAUAUAUUUUCGUCGGCAAGUAAAAGUAGACUUGGUAACGUCGAAUGUCUGGAAGAUCUAGAAGACGAUACCGCUAACGUUCCAGCACACUCUAUUCACGGUCACCUCGCGUUCCGUAGUGACCCAGUUGGUAGAUCUACCGAUACGAGUAUCAGUGAUAACCUCAUGUCUUUCUCUUGCACAGAAAGUUCACACGGUAGUCAAGCCAAUGUAAACGACUCUUCUAAUGGCUGUAGUGGAAGCUUCGCGAACCCUAACUACGUAGCGUCGUCCGAAUCUGGUAGAAACGAGGGUGGUUUACUUAGUCAAGAUUAUUGGAGGAAAGGGGCUUUAGACCUUGAAAGUGUCCGGCACAAACAGUUUGCUGAAAUCUUGAGAACUCCUCCGGAUUCUGGUAUUGGUUUAGGAGUCGAAAUGGAAGGACGGGCGCCUAAAGAUGUUAGUAUCAAAACUUUAGAAGAUUUUGUUAACUUGGACUACCAAAAGACUAUUUACAGGAAAUCAUAUCAACCUGUGUAUCCUGUUGUGGGUGUUAUGGAACCUAUGUUUAGUGGGUCUGAAAAUUGCGGUCUGGGGUCAAGAAAUACGCCGGAUGGAGCAGGUGGAGAGGGCAGAGUGGCGGAAGGAGUUGGAAGUGGUGGAGGCGGGACAUCGAGAGUGACAUUUGGUGAUGCAAGCCAGACAGCUCCUCCGUCCCGUCCUAGAGUUUCUGGUGAAAGGAGCGGUGGUAUUCUGACGAGUGCUCGAGUGAACCCAUUUUUGAGGGUGGAACCGACCUCGGAACUCCUGGGUCCAGAAGUAAUGUACAUUGUAGGAGGAAAAGAAACCGGCCAUCUUACAGUUAAGCGGCCAUUAUCCGUCUGGAAACUAGAUUUCCCAUUCUAGAAGGUACGUAGUAUUAAGAGUUGUGUAGGUAACAGUUCAUUGUAAAUAUUACCGAUCAACUAUUGAUUAGCAAUUCGAGUUGCCUAGCUGUGGCAUUUUAAAUUUUUUAUGACGUGUUUUAUGACAGAAUUAAAGUACUGUAGUCCUGUACAAAUUAACUUUAAGAAAUUUGGUAAUGUGUGCCGGAUUGUGUUCGACACUGGUUUAUUUUUUCGCAGUAAAUUAUUUACCCAAUGUUGUCUUACAAGAAUAACGGGAACAAAUUAAACGAAAGUUAGCAAUCACGGAGAAUUGAGCUUCAACAAAAACCAGUUUCUCAAACGGCAUGCCUUGUUCAUUUUGUUUCCAUAAUUCAUAUGGCUAAUAGCUCGACUGACUUAAAUUAGUGCAAUCAUAAAUGAUCCAUCAUUGUUUCGAUCGUCGAACAAAUCUUUGCCUGUUCACCAAAAUGUGUUAUCGAAUCAGCUGCAAAGCAGAUGAGUUCGACAAAUUUUCGGCAGUCAAUUGAUAUGCGAUUGGUUUAUGCCUGACAGUAUUUUACCGAUAGUAUGGCGUCAAUAGCCAGUGAGGCUGGCCAUUGAUAGUCUCGUAAAAAGCUCGCCCAAAUUUUUCGAACGCGAUUGUUUGGGGUUAUGCCGUCAGCCAGGUGGUUCGAGUGCAAAAAAAAAAGAACAAAGCGAUUUUUUAGGCCAAAAAAAUUGCG